CUCUCUUUACUAUAUACAUUGCCAACAACUUAAAAAAAGGUGCUAUCCAUUCACACACGAAACUUUGCUCUCUUCUUGUAGCUAACAGAUCUUCACUUCCUUCAAACUUUUGCAUCCAACAUGGUUGCAACUAUGAUUGGAAGUGCUUUCCUCUCUGCAACAGUUCAGACUUUAGUUGAGAAACUUGCUUCCAAAGAGUUUCGUGAUUACAUCACAAACACCAAGCUCAAUGUCUCAUUCUUAAAACAGUUAAGGCUAACACUACUCACUCUUCAACCUCUCCUAGAUGCUGCGGAGGAGAAGCAGAUCAACACUCCUUCUGUCAAAGACUGGCUUGAUGGCUUGAAAGAUGCUGUCUACGAUGCUGAAGAUCUGCUCAACCAAAUCAGCUAUGAUUCCCUUCGAUGCCAGAUGGAGAACACGCAACCUGCAAUCAAAACUAAGCAGGUCUGGAACUUCCUUUCUUCUCCUUUUAAAAAUAUCUAUGGAGAGAUCAAUUCCCAAAUGAAAGAUAUGUGUGAAAUCCUCAAACUUUUUGCUGAAAAUAAAGAUAUACUUAGUUUGCAAACUAAAAGUGUCAGAGUUUCUCAUAGAACACCUUCAAAUCCUAUGUUCGAUGAAUCUGUCAUGGUUGGUAGGAAAGAUGACCAAGAGAAAGUAAUGAACAUGUUGCUAUCAGAAAGCAAUACUAAUAUGGGGGUAGUUGCAAUUGUAGGCAUGGGAGGUAUUGGAAAAACAACACUUGCACAACGUGCUUACAAUGAUGAAGAAGUUCAAAAGCACUUUGAUGUCACAGCAUGGGCUUGUGUAUCAGAAGAUUUUGAUGUUUUUAGAGUAACCAAAACUCUCCUUGAAUCUGUCACUAAAAUACCAUGCGAAACCGACAAUCUUGACUUACUUCGAGUUGAGUUAAAAAAAAUUUUAAGUGACAAGAGGUUUUUCAUUGUGUUAGAUGACUUAUGGAAUGAUAGCUAUUCUGAUUGGGGUGAACUUGUAUCUCCGUUGAUUUAUGGAAAAAAUGGAAGCAGAGUGAUCAUCACAACACGUCACAGAAAAGUGGCAGAUGUUGCACGCACGUUUCCUAUUUUUGAAUUAAAUCCUUUUUCAGAUGAAGACAGUUGGUCUUUACUCUCCAAACAUGCAUUUGGAAGUGGAGACUUUUCUGAAACUAAACGCCGAGACCUAGAAGCAAUUGGAAGGAAGAUUGCAAGAAAGUGUGGUGGAUUGCCAAUUGCUGUGAAAUCACUUGGGGGACUAUUGCGUUCGAAAGUACAUGCUGAAGAGUGGAUUGAAGUUCUGAACAAUGACAUAUGGAACUUACAGAAUGAUAAUAUUCUGCCUGCCUUGCGCCUGAGUUAUCAAUAUCUUUCUUCUCAAUUGAAAAGAUGUUUUUCUUAUUGCUCUAUUUUUCCAAAGGACUAUCCACUUGAUAGGAAGAAAUUGGUUUUGUUGUGGCUGGCAGAAGGCUUCCUUGAUAAUUCCCAAGUCGACAAAACCAUGGAAGAAGUAGGUGAUUGGUGUUUUACUGAAUUGUUAUCCAGAUCAUUGAUUCAACAAUUGCAUGAUGAUUCUCGUCGGCAAACUUUUGUCUUGCAUGACCUUGUUAAUGAUUUAGCUACUGCUGUAUCUGGUAAAACUUGUUAUAGAUUUGAAUAUGGCACUAAGAGCUAUGAAAAUGUGCGCCACUUGUCAUAUAAUCCAGAAUUUUAUGACAUUUUCAAGAAGUUUAAGACUUUCUACAAAUUCAAAUGCUUAAGAAGCUUCCUAGCCAUUGGCUCUGCUGGAUGGCCAGGGAAUUGUUUAUCUAGGAAGGUGGUCGAAGAUUUGCUACCCACAUUUGGAAGUUUGCGUGUGUUAUCAUUAUCAAAAUAUAGCAACAUCACCACGCUUCCCGAUACAAUUGGGAAUUUAGUGCAGUUGCGCUAUCUAGAUCUCUCUCAGUCUAAAUUCACAAGCCUGCCUGACACCAUUUGCAGCCUCUACUACUUGCAAACUUUGAUUUUAUCUAUGUGCUCAAAUCUCACAGAAUUGCCAGAGCAUGUUGGAAAAUUAAUUCAUUUGCGUCAUCUAUAUCUUGAUGGGACAAGCAUAAUAGAGAUGCCAAAGCAACUCGCGGAACUAGAAAACCUUCAAACUCUAACUGUUUUUAUAGUAGGAAAGAAAAAUAUUGGUUUAAGUGUUAGAGAGCUUGGGAAGUUUCCUAAACUAAGGGGAAAAUUGUUCAUCCGAAACCUGCAAAAUGUCAAUGAUGUCAUGGAGGUAAGUGAUACCAACUUGAAGAACAAAGAACAUAUUGAGGAAUUGAAGCUACAGUGGGGCAUGGAAACUAAUGACACAUUUAAUGAAAAAAAUGUGCUUGAUAUGUUAGAACCAUCUACAAACCUAGAGAAACUAAGCAUUGUAUCAUAUGGCGGGACAAGUUUUCCAAGUUGGUUUGGAGAUCCUUCGUUUUCUAACAUGGUGUCCCUCCACAUUAUUAAUUGUGAGAAUUGCGUGACACUUCCACCACUAGGGCAGCUACCUUCUCUCAAGGACUUGAAGAUUUUUGGAAUGACAAUUUUGGAGACAAUUGGGCAGCAGUUCUAUGGCAUGGCAGCAGGAGGUUCCAAUUCUUCGUUCCAACCAUUUCAAUCCCUUGAGAAGUUAGACUUUACGUGCAUGAGAAGUUGGAAGGAGUGGUGUCCUUUUCCAGACAACAUGUUUCCUUUUCCUCGUCUGAAAACUUUGAGGUUAGCAUUGUGUCCCAAAUUGAAAGGAUAUUUACCUAGUCAUCUUCCUUCCUUAGAAGAGAUUGAAAUAUAUGGUUGUGAUCAUCUCUUGGCAACACCACCUACUCAACAUUGGCUCUCCUCAAUAAAAAAGAUUCGUAUUAUUGUAUAUUCAGAUUCAAUAAGCAAUACGGAAGGGACCCAAUACUUGUUGCUCGAGAGUGAUUCUCCAUGUCUACUGCAAACAAUAGACAUAUCGUGCCGUCAUAUGCUAAAAUCUGUACCUAAAAUGAUUAUAAACAGCACCUCUCUUCGAAACAUGACUCUCAAUGGUAUUAGUUCUCUCACUACGAUUCCAACAAAUGGUUUACCCACUUCGUUGCAAUCACUUCGUAUUAAUAAAUGUGAGAAUUUAACAUUCUUUCCUCCUGAAAUGUGGAGCAAUUACACAUCCCUUGUGACUCUUGAUUUAGACGACUGCAAUGCACUUACCUCCGUCCCAUUGAAUUGUUUUCCAAUGCUCCAAAAGUUUUCCAUCUCUGAUUGCAAGAGUUUGGAAUCUAUUUUUAUUUCAGAAACUUUGCCUAGUAGCUCGUCAGCCCUCAAAUCUUUUGAUGUCGGUUCUUGCGAGGAACUUAGAACACUACCUCAACGGAUGGGCACCCUCACCGCUCUUGAAAGUAUAAAUCUUUUGGAUCUUCCAAAUUUGAAUUUAUCAUUAUGUGAAGGAGUUUUCCUACCUCCCAAUUUACAAUCAAUUGUUGUUAAAUCUGUGAGAGUAACAAAGCCAGUAGCAGAGUGGGGUCUCCAAGGCCUUACUUCUGUUUCAUCAUUGCAUAUCGGAGGUGAUGAUAUUGUGAACAUGAUGCUCAAAGAGCCGUUGUUGCCCAUUUCUCUUGUGUCUCUACAAAUCAGUAAUCUCUCUGAAAUGAAAUCCUUAGAAGGAAAUGGACUUCGACACCUCUCUUCUCUAGAAACCCUUUAUUUUGAUGGCUGUCCAGGGCUUGUGUCAUUGCCAGAAAAAACCUUUCCCUCCUCGCUGAACACACUUUAUUUCUGCAAUUGUCCAAAACUAGAGUCAUUGCCAGAAAAAGCCUUUCCCUCCUUGCUGAAAACACUUCAUUUCAGGAAUUGUCCACGACUAGAGUCAUUGCCAGAAGACAGCCUCCCUACGUCUUUUGAGCGGCUGAUCAUUGAAGAUUGCCCAUUGUUAGAAGAAAGAUAUAAAAGGAAGGAACAUUGGUCCAAAAUUGCUCACAUCCCAGUCAUAAAAAUAAAUGACCAACUCACAAUAUGAGUCAUGACCAUUGAGAAGCCAAGAGAAUGAAGAAUUCCCAUCAUGUUUCAGAGUCCAAGUAAUUCGGCAAUUCAAUUGGGUGUGUUUGUUCUUGUGGCUGACAUAGAUUGCUAGAAGACUGAUAUGAAAAGGGGAGCUGAAUUCGUCUCAUUGAUUUGGAAAUCAUUGGUCUGCUCGACGAAGAACAAACGUCUACAUCGUAAUAGGCUCAGUGUUUGUUAGAUUGUGAACGGAGAUGGAAGACCAGAAAGCUCAUAAUAUUUCAACUUAACUAAGUAGAUCCUACUUGAAUACUAGUUUGAUUGUUCAAAUCACGCUUACUUAUAAACAACGAGAUCAAGUGCUUCAUAGUGGUUUGGAUGUAUGUUUUUUCCAAGUGUAUUUGGUGGAUAGUUGUUAUCCAAUGUGAAAUAAGAUGGCAACAAUCAAAUUUAUAUUAUAGCACAUGUCAUUGAUAAUGGGAAGAGGUUGUUUGUAACACUUACAUAAAGACUGUGACUAUAUCCAAUAUGACUGAAA